CAUGCUGGGUUAGAUGUAUCGGUGAACACGAACUUUUAUUGACAUACAAAGCAGAGACAGUGGUAGCUGUAAUAUUCAGUUGAGACUCCGAGAUUUUCGCCAGGGUUUUACUAACUGUCAUAGACAAAAGCUAACGGUGAAUGAAUUCUUAUGGUUACCUAGAUCAGAUUGAUUCCGAAUAGUCGUCUUCGCGAUAGUAUUCAUUAGAUUAGAUUUAAUUGCCUGUGUUCAUCCUCACUAACAUUUUCCAGCCUGGGAUUUGCGUCUUCCCUCUCAUGUCUGUAUCUUUAUGAGAGGAUUUACUUCUAAGGACGGUGAAAAAUGGGGUCGCGGACGUUUUAAAAAGACGCGGGUUGACAGCAGCUCACCACGACUGCGUAGUGUCCGUCUCUAGGCAACCACAACAGCGUUGGUCUGUAGCGUUACGGGGGACCUGUAUAGUUCCCGCCGUGUCAAUUUAGCUGACCUUAAUAUUUCCUGUGUUUUAUUUUGGUCAUUAUUGUUACAGUUAGUGUUGAUAUGCGUGUGAUAGACAUGUCUAUCGGAUAUUUAUAGAAAUACAGAACAAAUCGCGUCCCGUAUCGGUUCAAUACGGGACGCAACAUUUGACAGCCAAAUAUGGGACGAUUCCAUAUUUUACGGGAUGGGUGGCAACCCUAGCCAGGAUCUGAAUUCCAUCCCUGUAGAAGGAUUCAUCUCCACUUGUAAUAAGUCCAAUGACAGUAGUGUCAUCAGCAAAUUUUAUGAUGGUGUUGGACGAGUGAGUAUGUCUGCAGUCAUGUAUACAGUCAGGUGUAGUGGAACGGGCUGAGCACACAUCCCUGUGGUGAAGCAGUGCGGAAUUUGAGGGUGGACUGAGUAGUGACGCCCAAGUCUGGUGGUCUGAGGACAAUCAGUGAGAAAGUUUCUGAUUCAUUCACAGGGCUGUAUGGAGGGCAAUGCUUUUGUCAUCAUCAGCCCAUACUUCUGAAGAGUAAGGCCUGAUGUAAGCAAUUAUAUCUUAAUUUGUGAUGAGUUUCUCCAUACUUGACUCUUCUUCUCCAUCUCCCAACACCAUCCCUGCGCCCUUCCCUUCUCACUCCUGUGUGACGCACUGCCCUGAACUCGACCUGUCGGUCAGUCUUAGCCCAGCCCCAAACCCUGACCACAUGCAACAGAAGACCUGUCGGCUAAAGCAGAGUCAACACAGUGACGAACCCCAACAAAGGCCCCACCCACGAAGACAGACUGAAAGGAAAAGGAACACAAAGGUGUGUUUUGAAGAGCCAGAGGCUGUUAGAGUAACACCCGAUCGACGCAUUGUUCCUCAUCAGCACCAUCUUAGAGGACAGAGAGGAAGCUCAAAAUAUUGCCAUGUUGGAAGAUGUCCUAUGGAGCCUCCUGCUGCAGGACUUGUCUGGAACCCAGGCUGUCUUGACAACGCAGAGCUGAAUUCCACUUUGGCCCUGAAGGUGGAGCUUCUGUCACUUCAGGAGAUGGAGUUUAAUUCCAAGAAAGCCCUUCAGCAGACUCUGCUGAAAUCAAGAAGGACCAAGACUUUGAUCGAUGCCAGAGCAAUUGAAGUGGUGAAUGUCUCUCCCUCUCAACACCUCUUCAACUCUCUGGUGAGCGUCAGUGUGCAGGAGGAUGAGUUGCUAAGCCAGGUGCUGCAGGCCAAGCUCAUUUUGGCCCCACUGCCUUCCCACUAUUAUAAGUCAGCAGAGAGCCCCUCCCUCAACUUCUUCAUCACCUCUGAGCUGUUCAGAAAGAAACCUCUCCAACAAGAAGAGGAGCCAGCCAAGUGUAAACCUUCCCCAGUGGCAUGCCCGGCGUACUCUACCUUUGACCUAUACAGGAGACAGAGAUGCUGGGAGGCCAUACCCUGACAUACACAUUAGAGAUUUUCAUCUAUAAAUGUAACCUAUAUCUGUUCUUUAUGUUGUCUCAGAAAGGGGUCUGGUUUUAUAUUCACUUAUGCAUUUAGCCUCAAGGGCAAUCAGGUUUGAUUACAUUUGUUAUUAUAUGCUGUAUUUAUUCCUAAUAUUUUAUGUGAAGGCUUUAAAAUUAGUUUUCUGAUUCCUCUGUGUAAAAAAAGUCAUCAUUAACAGCUGGUUUAACCAAUUGUGGUUCUUGUAAAUGCUUUUCAUAAUAUCUAUUUAAUUGUUUUAGUGUUAAACUUACUAAAGAUAAAUUUUCA